GAGCUCAGUCUUGAGUGAACUUUGAACCAGUGCGGACCACCGGGGAAAAACCGCUGCGGAUCACGGCCACGGUCGGCCACCAACCCCCUACUCUCCAGUUUUUUCUGACUCUCUUCGGGGAAACCCGGGGAAGGGAACAAGCCCAACGGGGUGCGACAGGAGGAGGUGUUCAUCAUCAGGACACUUGUGCACGCUGCUGCUCCUGGAAUUGUGUGUGACAAAAGUCGUCGGACUGUGUGAGUGAGUGUUUUGACAGCAAAAGGAAAAGUAAAUAGAUUUUUACUACACGGCUGAAGAGUGCGGGAGGAGUGUUACGGGGAUUUACAACCCGCAGCUCACCGAGAAUGGUUCGCAAAAGGCACCGCCGCCACUGAGAGAGAGUCAACAUUGGAAAAGUGAACCGGCAAGUACGUGACAGUGCAUACGAUUAUUAGUGCAUAUGUGCGUGAGUUAAAAAUUAGCUUAGGCUUCCCGCGCAGACUGUGUGAGUGUGUAAUCAGCAGCAGCAAACAUGUCGCUCACCGUGCGGAUCAACAAGUUUCAACUGCCGAAGCCCAAGUCCAAUCUGCUUGGGCGGGUCGAGUUUCGAGGCGUUGCACACACUACCACCGAGCUUAACUGCAGCACAGAGUUCGUCGAUGUCAAUCAGAGCUUCAUCUGGCCGCUGGCCAGGCCCGGCGACGAGGACGAAACGGUGAUCGUGGAGCUGCGCCAGCAGACGACCAAGAUUCUGCUCAAAACCGGCAUCGGCGGGUCGGCGUCGACGCGGGGCGGGAGCCGCGGCACCAUCACCAGCAGCACCAAGAUCAUCGGCCGGUACGUGAUGCUGAUGCAAGGUCUGCUCAAAGAGAACCGACUCCACAUCCAGGACCGUCUGGUGGAUCUGUCCAACAAGCCAAUUGACGCCUUUGUCAGCUUCGACGUGAGCUACCAGAGUCCGGACGACGAGUCGGGCAACUUUGAGUCGUCCCACGUGGUCAAGAGUUUGCACCAGCAGUCGUCCAGCAUUGACGAUGAUCAGCAGAUGCUGCUGGACAUCGAGCAGAACAUUGCCAACCUGGAGAAGAGUCUGCACCAGGAUCGGGGGCCCACUGGAGGUGAGCGGAGUUCAUUCUCCGGAGGAGGAGGUGACCGUGGCGGCGGAGGAGGAGGAAGUAGUAGUAAGCCAAACAUCUUGAAGAGGGUCAUGAGUUCCGGUUCGACGUCACUGCACGAAAAGAGCCAAUCGGCGGCCAAGCAAGACCGGGCUUCCUCGGAUAACGAAUCCUCCUCCAAGCCGGCCAAAUCGAUCGCGGACAAGAAGGUAACGCUUCGGACGGUGCGGAACUUUAUCAAGCUCGGUCGGUCCCGGCAUCCGUCGAGGGAAAGCCGGGGGGACAGUAGCACCGAAGACGAGGGCCGGUCGUUGAUCGGCACGGACUCGGAAGACGCCUUAGGAGGUCCCGAGCGCGUGGGACAUCACAGCAGCAACCAGCCCAGUCAUCCGUCGGCAAAUCCGUCGACGGUGACCAGUCCCAGCACGGCCGGCGCCGGACCGGGUCCGGGCUACGAAAAUCUGUCCCAAACGGGUAGCAUCCACUCGAACGGAUCGAGCGAUGGCGAGGAGAACACCAACAACGAAAAGCUGAAAAAGAUCAAACACCUGGCCAAAUGCAACGAUCACCUCAAGUCGCAGGACUUCCAAGUGUGCGUGACGGUCAUCGAGGCGCGCCAGCUGCCCGGCCUCAACAUGGACCCGGUCGUGUGCAUCCAAGUAGGCGACCAGAAGAAGUACACCAGCGUCAAGGAGAGCACCAACUGUCCGUACUACAACGAGUAUUUUGUGUUUGACUUUCACAUGCCUCCGGUGAUGCUGUUCGACAAAAUUAUUACGUUAUCUGUUUUACAAAAUCGAGGCGUCUUUCAAACGAACAAGCUCGUCGGAUCUUUCAAGCUGGAUGUGGCCACGCUGUGGCACCAGAAAGAUCACCAAUUUUACCACAAGUGGGCACUCCUAACGGAUCCGGAUGAUCUGAUAUCCGGUCCGAAGGGUUACCUAAAGUGCGACGUCGGAAUCAUCGGCAAAGGCGACACGGUCAAAGUUCCUCCCAAGUCUGAGAAGGAUCCGGAUGAUAUUGAAGCGAACCUGCUUCUACCGGAUGGAGUUCCGAUCGAACGGCAGCGAGCCAAGUUCAUCGUGAAGAUCUACCGUGCCGACGGGUUGCCCCGCAUGAACUCUUCGCUGAUGGCGAACGUCAAGCGGGCGUUCACCGGCGAAGCCAAGGAUCUGGUCAACCCGUACGUGCAGGUGUCAUUCGCUGGCCUAACGGGUAAAACCACCGUCAAGAAGGCGUCCUACAACCCGACCUGGAACGAGCAGCUGGUGUUCACGGAGAUGUUCCCGCCGCUGUGCCAGCGGAUUAAGAUUCAGCUUCGGGACGCGGACCCGAUGAAGCCGGCCAUCAUCGGGACGCACUACAUCGACCUGAAGCAGAUCUCCAACGACGGCGAGAAGGGCUUCCUGCCGACGUACGGGCCGUCGUUUGUGCAUCUGUACGGGUCGACGCGGGACUACAACCUGCUCGAUCAGAACUCGAACCUGAACACGGGGCUGGGCGAGGGGGUUAGCUACCGGGCGCGACUGCUGGUGGCGAUCCGGACGGAGAUCACCGACAACGUGGAGCUGUUUACCGAUAAGAAUGUUGAGCUGGAGACCACGCUACCAAUCUCGGAGUCAUCGUACUGCAAGAACGAUGACUUUUUCCUCUUCGGAACCGUAUUAGAAGCAUCCAUGAUCGACAAGAAGGUGUGCGAGCGGCCGGUCUACUUCGAACUCAGCGUCGGCAAUGCGGGAAACUCGCUGGACGGACACAACGAAAGCGCCACCAACUUGAGCGACGAAGACGAGCUGGAAUCUGUCGAUACGACGGCGUACAGCAGCACGACGAGCGCGUCGAAGCCGAUCUCGCACGACAAGAACCACUACUUCCUGCCGUACUGGGACAACAAACCGUGCAUGGACGUGCGGUGUUCGUUUCCGGAUCUGCGCCGACGGAUGUACAACAGCAACAUGAUCGCGAAGAUCACCGAGCGGAUGGAGAUCGGGCUGGCGGAGACGAAUUUGCUGAUCGAGGACGAGGAUCCGACGUCGGAGGUAAAGUUACGGGCGGUGCUGGAGGAGAUUGCGACCAGCUGUAACAGGUAUGUUACGAUCACGAAGGGAGCGCUGGUGGGACCGGGCACCGGGAAGACCAAACUGGACAAGGAACGGAUGAAGCUGUGCCAGCGGGAGGUGGAGUCGAUCGGGAACAUGUCCCGAAAUCUGCGUGCCCUCGUUACCAAGAGUUCGAUGAAGGAACGCUACAAGACGGCCCAGACGUACUUGACCAAGUUGCGGUUCCUGAUCGAUGAUCCGCAGCACUCGCUUCCGGACGUGUUCAUCUGGAUGAUCGCCAAUGGGAAGCGGGUAGCGUACCACAGGAUCAGUGCCAGGGACCUGAUCUACUCGACAACGGAGGAGGAAACGGGGGUGUUCUGUUCGAAGGUUCAGACCGUCUUCCUGAAACUACCCGGGAAGCAGGCGGAAGGUCCAGCGGGUUGGCAGGUCCGUGCCAAGUUGCACAUCUACCUCUGGCUGGGAGUGCUGAAGCACAAAAAGUCGUUCUACGCCGGACUACCGAGGGGGUACGAGAUGUCGUACGAGCUGAAGAACGCGGACAAGAGUAACGUUCCGGCACCGUCGGAUGUACGGUACGUCGACAAGCACAUCUUCCAGAUGCGAGCUCACGUGUAUCAGGCACGAUCGCUGAUCGGUUCGGAUGCGUCGGGCUUGAGUGAUCCUUACGCAACGGUGUACAUAACGGAAUUGUCGAGGACCACGCAGGUGAUCGAAGAAACCCUUAGUCCCACCUGGGACGAACUUCUGUUGUUCGAUGAGAUUGUGAUUUACGGUGCGAAGGACGAGAUCAAACGGGAUCCACCCACGAUUGUGAUAGACAUCUACGACCAGGACAAGGUUGGAAAGUCAGAGUUUAUAGGAAGGGCGCUGGCAAAGCCGAGGAUCAAGCUGAAAGAUAACCACUAUACGAACCCGGUGCUGGAGUGGUUCGAGAUCACCCGAGGGCUGGACAAUGCAGGAGAACUGCUGGCAGCGUUCGAAAUGCUGGAACUGGGAUCGGACGACAUCCCACGGUUGACGGAUCCAAAGUACAUUGCGACCGAAUUCCGUGGGGAAAAGGCCAUCGCCUCGACGAUGACGAUACUUCCGGUACCGCGCGAAGUUCGGCCUAACCUGGCAAGGUUCCGCAUCGAAGUUCUGUUCUGGGGUUUGCGGGAUCUUAAGCGCGUACACUUUAUGACCGUGGACAAGCCACGCAUUGACGUUGAGUGUUCGGGCAAGAUCCUAAACUCUAGCAUCAUUCAGAACGCGAAGAAGAAUCCCAACUUUGCCAACAUGCUGAAGUUCUUCGACCUUGAGCUUCCACUGGAGGAACGGUACGCGCCUCCGAUCACGAUUCGGGCCGUAGAUUGUCGAUCUUUUGGACGGUACACGCUCGUUGGAACCCAUCAAAUCACGUCCAUCCACAAGUACAUGCAUCGAGCGCCUCCAAAGGACGACCCUAGAAGGGUGAACCAAAACGGACAGAUCAUCCUGUCCAAGCACUCGGACAUGAUCGGGAACAACACGACGCUGCCGCACGAUUCUUCGCUGAUGAAGUCCAUCUCCGGAGACAACCUAACCCUGUACGGAGCUGCGUGUGUCAGCAAGGUGGCCAAAGGUAAGAAGACAAAGAAGAAACUCGAACACGAAGACACGUUCGACGCCGAGGACGACGACGAAUCGAGCAAAGAUUGGUGGACCAAGUACUUCCUGUCGUACGAGAAGUUGAUCGAAGCUUCGAAGCAUACGACGACGUCACGUGCUCUGGAGAACCACGUAGUGACCACGACCGAGGGUGGCAAGAAGCUGGGCGUGAAGACGUCCAAGUUCGUUUCCAAGCUGAGUCCCAAGACGACGCCGAAGAAGAUCGCCAGUCCGAACACUGCAACCUGCCACAUCUACCCGACGGAACUUGAAACCUUGCCGGAGUACAACAACUUCAAAGAGUGGCUGCUGUCGUUCCCGCUGUAUCGUGGCAAGAAGACUGGUGACAGUACAGAGGACGAAAACCGAAUCGUGGGCUUCUUCAAGGGUGCCAUCAAGGUGUACAAGCUUCCGAUCGAGAAGGGUAUGGAACCGGCCUUCGCUCCAACGCUACCGCUGAACGACCCGAUCCACGUGCUCGUGCGGGUUUACGUCAUCAAGGGUACCGAUCUGCACCCGAUGGAUUUGAACGGCAAGGCCGAUCCGUACGUGGUGCUGCAGCUGGGCAGCAAGCGCAUCUCGGACAAGGAGAACUACGUGAGUAAGCAGCUGAAUCCGGUGUUUGGCAAGUGCUUCGAGAUCGAGGCCACCUUCCCGCAGGACUCGAUGCUGACGGUGCAGAUUUUCGACUGGGAUCUGGUUGGGUCGGACGAUCUGAUCGGCGAAACGAAGAUCGACCUGGAGAACCGGUUCUACAGCAAGCACCGGGCGAUGUGCGGAAUCGCCAGUCGGUAUGAAGACUCUGGUUACAACCAGUGGCGAGAUCCGAUGAAGCCGACCCAGAUACUGACGAAGAUGUGCAAGGAGAACAAGCUGGAACCACCGCAGUACCUGCAGGAUCGUGUCGUGAUCGGUCGGUACUGCUUCACCUUCACCAACGAGGAGAUCCAGGCGUGGAACGGACCGACGACGUGCAAGUUCCGGGAUGAACACCUGGCGCUGGCUGUUCUACACCGAUGGGAGGAGGUACCGAGGGUUGGAUGCAAGAUCGUUCCGGAACACAUCGAGUCGCGAUCGCUGUACAACAAUGACAAACCGGGUAUCGAGCAGGGUAAGCUGGAAAUGUGGGUGGACAUGUUUCCGAUGGAUAUGCCGCUGCCGGGACCUCCGGUGGACAUAUCGCCACGGAAGCCCAAGUCGUACGAGCUGCGGGUGGUCAUCUGGAACACGGACGAUGUCGUGCUGGAGGACGAUGCGUUCUUCACCGGCGAGAAGAUGUCGGAUAUUUACGUCAAGGGGUGGCUGAAGGGUCCACAGGACAACCAGGCCACGGACAUCCACUACCGGUCGCUAACCGGUGAGGGAAACUUCAACUGGCGAUUCAUCUAUCCGUUCGAGUAUCUUGCGGCAGAGGAGCGAAUCGUUCUGUCCCGGAAGGAGUCCCUCUUCAGUUGGGACGAGACGGAAGUGAAGAUUCCAGCUCGCCUCGAGCUGCAAGUCUGGGACGCAGACCACUUCUCGGCGGAUGACUUCCUUGGGGCGAUAUCGCUAAACCUGAACCGGUUCCCACGGGGGGCCAAGUCCUCUAAAUUGUGCACGCUGGACAUGCUCAAAACGGACAACGUCCCGACGGUGAAUAUUUUCAAGCAGAAGCGGGUCCGCGGCUGGUGGCCGUUCUUCAUCAAGAAGGAAAACGACGAGAUGGAGCUGACCGGGAAGGUGGAGGCGGAGAUUCACUUGCUGACCAAGGAGGAAGCGGAAAAGAAUCCCGCCGGGUACGGCCGGAACGAACCGGAUCCGCUGGAGAAGCCCAAUCGACCGGAUGCGUCCUUCAUGUGGUUCCUCAAUCCGCUCAAGUCGGUCCGCUACAUCGUCUGGCACAACUACAAGUGGCGAAUCAUCAAGGGCCUCAUCAUAAUUGGGUUGGCCCUCCUGCUGUUGCUGUUCUUCUACGCCAUCCCGGGCUACUCCGUGAAAAAGAUGCUGGGCGCGUAAUUUUCUGUAUCGUUUUCGUUGUGUGGAAAUAAAGUUUUACUUUUUUUUUGUUUUUGUAACAACCCGUGUGAACGUAAUUUUAUCAAUUCAAGACUGGAUAUUAGUUUUUUUUAAAGAUUUUUUAUUGAAUCUACUUGAAACAUUAGAUAACAAGAUGCACCUCUAGAUAAAUGAAGGAAUUAAAAAUGGAAUGACAUUGAAAGUGAUUAACAUCGAAUCGUUUUGCAUAUCAGUAUUAAACCACCAAACAAACACAAAAUUGAGAAUCCAACUUUAACAACAUUUACAAAAAAUGCUUUUAAAAAAAUCGAGCGCUUAUUGUACAAAGAACAUAAACAAUGUAAAUAACAAGUGAAAUCUAUUUUGCCACACGUUUUCCAAAUUUUCCUCUUCCAUUAUAAAAUUCAACCACUUCACAGUGUGAGUUAAGAGACUUUUCCACAAACCGGAUUCCACUAUUAAACAAUCAAAACAUUUUACUCUAAAGAAAUAAAAUCAAGAAACGACGCAGCUAUUUAUUCUCAAUCUAUGGUAGAACAGUGGGGCUUACUAGCGAUUGUAGUUAGAGUAAAGUAUAUAUAUUUUAUCGUACCAAAACAAACAUAAAUGCUUUAAAAGAAACCAUUUUCUCUCUCUCAAUUUCACCUCCCAAAAACCCACACAUGAUAAAGAAACAAAGAACUUUCCCUCAUAUCGCUCAAAUUCGAGCUUCGAUUCAGACCAAUCAAGUAGAAGUAUUUACACGUAAAGCAUAGAUUAUGGGUAAUCCGAUGUUAUCGUAUAAAAAUUGCAAGUGUACAUUUUAGGUGAAAUUUAACGGGCGUUUCGUACGCACUCACGCACACUCAUACAAAUUCAUUGCACAAAAAAAAAACACA